ACCGUUUCAUCGCCGAUGGAAAAAGUUAAAAAGUCACCACCGUUUCACCCGGCAACACAUUAUUAUUUGAGGAUGGAUUCCGAAUCAGCGACCCAUUCAGCAGGUACAGCCAGCAGCAGCAGACCGUCUGCGGACCCAUUGCUGCCCGUGCUGCCCAUUCUGGACCCCACUGUGCCCCUGGACAGGCAGCAAUGGGUCCUGAAGGCAACCAAAGAGGCCAGGGCCUGUCACAGGCCCAAAGGCUUCCAAGCCAGCGCCGGUCCCAAGGACCUUCAGACGGCUUGUGAUGAAGCAAAAAGGAGAUGCCGGCUUGUCACUACUACCAGGCCCUCAAAGAAGCUCUACCUUGGCCAGCUGGUUAUUCCCUUUGGGAAAUAUGCUGGCCAAAGCUUCAUGUGGCUGGUAGCCAAUGAUGUGGGCUACUUAAAAUAUCUGCUUGACCGCCAUAUUGCGGAGAGCCAGGACCCGGGCAGGACAGGAGGAACCAGGGAGAAUGACUGGGUGAAGGACUGUCUCCUCCGUUAUGUGGAGUUUUUCCCCUCAGUCUCCUGCCACCUGGAGAAAAAUGUGGACAGGGCCAUUUAUGGACAGGGUCGCUUCAAGUCCUUCACCUUUCAGGAGAUGUGGCAUUUGUACAGCCUGCACAAGUGCCUUAAUGCCGACCCUCAAGCUGGCAGUGCCCAAGAGAGGAAGAUGGCAGAGGAGGCUUUCUCUUCUGUUCGCCAGUGGCUUGGAAUGAAGGAGGAGGACAUCAGCUCCAAGUCACUGAAGCGCUUCAGGAGAUUUAUUCUCGACAAAGAGAAACAGAAAGCCCCUACUGCAGCUGUACCAUCUUCGUCCUUGUCUGGUCCGGUCCCAUCUGAAACAGUGGUUCCUCCAUCAGCGUCAGCGUCUGCUUCAGUGGCCCCUCCGACAGCAACAUCCCUGUCACCUUGGCAGGAUGAUACAUUGCUUUCAGAGGCUCUCGCCACUUUUGAAGCCACUUUUGAAGGACAAGCUGACACUGCCAUGGCCCCUCCACCAGACCCUCCACAGCAGCCACAGACAGACCCCGUUCCACCAUCGCAGGAACCUCCAUCUGGUCCUCGUAAGAGGACGUCAAAGUCUGCGGCACUGCCACAGCCACAGCCAAUAGAAGCCACUGUCACGCAGCCUGAGGUGUCAUUUGAGGGCUGGCACAAACAGUGGGAGUCCGGCCCUCAAGGUCUCCCCAGUGCUGACGUGAAGUGGCUGAAGGAGGACGCUGACAGGGGGCUCUUUAAGAACCUCCCCAUCGCUCGCAGGAAAAUUCUGAAGGAUGAUCGCAUGUGGUUCCAUCCACCAGAAAUUCCUGGAGUGGUGGUAUCAUGCACUCACUUCCUCUUUCCAUCUCCAUGGUGUCCUCCUGCUGAGUUACACACUGACACAUGUCCAUCACCUGUCCUCACAUUUCAUUAGUACAGCUCAUAUCCACAGUUUGUCUACAGGAACAAUGCAGUAUCUUAAUCACAGCCUAUCAAAACACACGAUCACAUAGAGAGAGGUGACUAUACCAGAAUCUAACGAUAUGUGUCAGUGGAACAAUUUGUUUAUGAUUUGACAUUGAGAGGGGGGUGCACCGGUCCUGGAGGUACUGCAAUACCAGGUCUAUGCGUGGAGUGGACGGAGCAAGCCCCUGUUCCAUCUCCCAGUUCCAAAAAUCAAUUUAAUAUAUGGUCCCCGGGUAGGAGACGUAUCAGAUAUUAAACUGAUAAGAACAGAUACUACACUUGAUCUUAGCCAAAAGGCCGAGAAGCGAUACCAGAAUUGAACAGGAGGUCACAUACUGGUUCUCCUCACAGUCCCUCUCUGUGAGAGGUCUGAAGUCUGGACUCCACCCCCCCUCAGGACCACUUCCUGUUCCUGUGUUUACUGCUGGAGGGUGAUUGACAUCCUGACUGCUGCCACCUACUGUCCUGGAGUGUGAACAACACGUUUCGCAAACAUACCAUUACUGACAGUAACUUCUCAGUUCAUAAGACACUGCUGCUCCUUCACCUCUAUCAGACAUGUUCUGAUGUAUUAAUACUUUAAACACACUUUCCCGUCCUGUUACAAAGUGUUUCUUCUGAUCUCUGGUGUAAAUACUGUUAUUUAGUGGAUGUGUUCAGCGUCUGUUGCUCUUGUGUCAGUCCUGGGAGACGAUCCUCUCACACGUGACUCUGGGCUUUCUACCUUAUUUCCCUGUUCAUGGAGUUCUGCUGGUUUUUCCUGUCUCUGGUCGAGGGUGAAGAACAGAAGUGAGUGAGUGUGAGUUGUGCUCAGACGAGAGGAGACAGGGAGUGAAGCAGCAGAAACGAAUCUCAGUGGAUGUGAAGUGUCUCCUAGUUCCUGAGCUGGUGCAGUGAGGAGUCUCUUCUCAGCUCCUCUCAUGUGGAAGCUCUUCCUUGUUCUCUUUGACACUUUAUCAGGGGAGAGCGCGAACGCAGUCCCCCACUACCACAAAUUAUGCAGUCGAGA